AUGAAUCUGCUUGGCCCAGGGACGGACGCUGCAGCCGCCGCUGCAUCUGCUGCCGCGUCAGCUGCCGCCGCCACUGCUGCUGCAGCGGCUGCAGCAGCUGCGUCUGGCGGGGGGGCGGCGCCCACAGCAUCUCUGGGAGGGCGCGGAGGGGAAGGGGGGGCGACGAGCAGCGUGGGCGGGGGAGGGGGGUUCAGCAUGGGGGGCGGAGGCGGGGCAGGGGGGUUCAGCAGUGACGGGAGUUCCGGCAAGCAGCGGCUGCGGUGGACGCCGGAGCUGCAUGAGAAAUUCGUGGAGGCCGUCGCCAACCUGGGGGGGGCUGACAAGGCGACGCCCAAGGGUGUGCUGCGAGUGAUGGGCGUGCAGGGCCUGACCAUCUACCACGUGAAGAGCCACCUGCAGAAGUAUCGGCUCGCCAAGUACCUUCCAGAUCCUUUGCCUUCUACACCCCGAGAAAAGGAGCCAAGGCCGGAGAGGGCAGAGAAGCCACCGAAACGUGUUGCUUCUGGGUGCAGUAGGCGCCGCGUUCCUUUUAGUUCGCCUCACCAUGCAUCUGGAGGUGCAGCAGCGUUUUCUGACCCAUUCCUUAUCUGCUUACUCGCCUCCAUCUUCCCUCGCAGCGCUCGCAACAUCCCGAUCACAGAGGCGCUGCGCAUGCAGAUGGAGGUGCAGAGGCGCCUGCACGAGCAGCUGGAGGUGCAGCGCCAGCUGCAGCUGAGGAUCGAGGCGCAGGGUAAAUACCUCCAGAAAAUCAUAGAGGAGCAGGCCAAGGCGAGUGGCAUGGUGGUGGCCACUCGAGUUUAG